GCUUAUCUUACAAUUAUGAGAAAAAAAACUGAACAAUUUUAAAUUUAACGAAAAUGCUAUUUUUAAAUCGUGAAGGAAAGUUGCUUAACCGUUUUCUUCUUCCUUUUUAAGCGAUCACCCAGCAUUUAUGCGUCACUACAUCAUUAUACAUAAUUAACCACAUGCAUGGGAGGGAAGGGGUGCUGUAUGUCACUGCGCAUUAGCUAAACCAGAAAAAGGAGAAGAAAAAAAGAAAUUUUUUUCCCCUUUGCGAGUUGAGCAGCAUUUAUCUCCGUCUCAAUUGCAAUAAAAUCCAAUUAUGAUGGCUACUUUCCUCUCGUUGCUUUGCAAAGGAAGGGGGGCAGCUUUGUCAGCAGCUGGAAGAGGACCCCUGUGUUUACCGCGCGUAAAUGGAAACAUCCUGCAGAAUGGCUGUUACCCAUGUGCGGCCCGAAGCUACAGUGAUCAUGUGAAGGACCAUUUUAAUAAACCCAGAAAUGUUGGCUCGUUUGAUAAGAAUGAAAAAAAUAUUGGGACAUCCAUUGUAGGUAAAGCGUCAUGUGGUGAUGUCAUAAAAUUGCAAUUAAAAAUCGAAGACAAUGUGAUUAAAGACGCGAGAUUUAUGGCCUUUGGAUGUGGCUCCGCAAUUGCUAGUAGCUCUUAUGCCACUGAAUUGAUCAAGGGGAAGACCAUCGACGAAGCGCUCAAAAUUAAAAACGACGACAUUGCUUCCCACUUGAGUUUACCUCCAGUCAAAAUCCACUGCAGUUUGUUAGCGGAAGACGCGAUCAAGCACGCCAUAAAAAAUUACAGAGAAAAAGUGAUAAAUUGAUUAGCCGCUGAACGGUGUGAUGCGCGAGUGUAACCUGUGGGUUGGCCAAACACACAGAGUGGUUGGUUAUGACAUGUGAGGUAGACAGUGCUUAAAUGGUUUCAUUCGUAAUAGGGGGCACUGGGGAGGAAUUUUCUUGUUUGCCGUUUUGGCAGCCCCGUUUUCAAUCCAUUUGUGAAGCAGCUUUUACGUGUAAUGCA